CUUUGGUUGCACUGCAACGACUGGUAGUAUUUCAAAACACAGGCUCACACCGAAACAAAACUGCUUUAACUUAGUACUGGCGGUGGGCAUUUCCAAGCCAUGCGCCGCCGUUUAUCUGUUUCAGCAGACCAUGCAAAUUCAGCUCAGAACUCAAGCAAGGCUCAUAGAAGUAACGAUUCUCACCAUCUUCACACAGGAAAUGGCGGUCCUAUCCACCCGCCUUCCAUAGCUUACUCAGGCGCGUCUACUACCCCGCAACAGAAGAUGGUCGUCCAAGCCCUCAUAAAUAACAGAAUAAAGAACAAGCUGCCAAUCAAUUCUGGCCUGUCUCUGGAUGUUGUCGAGUCCGAUCCUGCAACACAGAGAGCAGUAUGUGCGUUAGUCGAGAUCGCACACGAGUCGUUAGAUAUAAUAUCAUGGUCGUUAAGUGAACUUCUCGAACGACUCGCAAAGCAAAUUGAUGCAGACGGGCAAAUGACUACCGAGGCAUUACAGUCUCAGCUGUUUAUUUUGAAGAUUUUGUCGGUAUGCAUGACAUCGAGAUGGAAUCACCGACACGAACAGGACGAGACCCGCCCCUCUCGCGCGGGCAAACCCCAGAAUGGCAGCAACACUCCUAGUCAUGUAGAGUCGCCAGUACCGUCUUCGAGUCAACCGAGUAGAAGGUUUCGUCAACCUUCCACCGAAUUCUCCUCAUCUACACCUCCUCCAUGGACAGAGUCUUAUCCUCUGGACGACAACUGCGCACGUUAUAUCUUGAGUGUGAUGGUUCUUUAUCUCCGUCAGACAGCAGCACCGGAAGCUCGGCUAAUGUCAUCUUCAAAUCUGGCUCCUGAUGCGUCAUUGCAUGACUUCGAGUCGGUGGAUCUACCGACAGAAUCAUCAGCAUUCGACGAUUACACGGGCAAGAAUGGCCCAUUACUACCUCCUCACAUAUCGCAUGGGCCAAAACCGAUCCUGAAGCUCAAAAACUCAGCUGCCUCAUUCCAAUCAGCUGGCAGCGCAAACUCAGCGCACUGGCAGCUAGGCCGUACGUUCCAGUUCGAGAAGACUCAUAUGGCGCUUGUCAAAUCCGCACUUGCGCUGAAUCUCCUUAUCAGCAAGUUCGCAGGACGCAUCGUCUACCAUCUCUCCGCGUCAAACUGGCUUGUUGUUUUCCACCGAAUACGACAGAAAAUACACUUCCUCGCCAGCACGGCGGAGGACAAUCCUGAUACGAUUGAUUUACAGCUAAUGACGCACAGUGCGAUGGAUAGAGCGCGACUCGUUCAGGUUCUGCAUGAGCUUUCUUCGCUUCUUGUAAACAUGAAGCGACAAGCUCAAGCAGCGGUUGCCAUCCCCUUGCGUAUGGCAAUCUGGAACUGGAUAGAGAUGUGCCCGCAGGAAUACAACGAGGCAGUGAGAUCAAGAGGGAGACUCGAAGGCGCACCAGAGCGUGUCUUCGACCUCUUGCACUCCGCGAACGAGCCAGGUCGAGAGCGUGCACUUUGGCCGACAUUAACUGUACUUGCUUGUCUGGCCGCUGAGCGCUUAUCGCCAGACUAUCAGGUCGAUGUUGAGAGUCGUUCCGCAAACAUUCACUCUUACAAAUCCUCGCACAGGAAGGAUAUCCGAUUCGUAGAGGACCUACUCAGGCAUGCGAACACGACUUCGAAGCUCGCUGAUGUCUCUUUCGUUUGUGCGAUUGACAUGUGUAGAGCGGGAUUUCGGAUAUCGCCAGAAGGCGAAAUGCCCCUCAGACAUAUUGCGGCAGACAUCUCACAUGAAGUUAAGUUGACCCUGCAGAAGUCACCAGGACAGAAGCCGUCCUGGGACUCCUGUGAGGAAAUUGACGUUGCUACGUAUGCUGAGGCACUUGUCGCUGUAUUCCGUUUCCUGUCGGAAGAGGAGUCGAUAUCUCUAUUCAUGGAUUGCUUGGAGCCUGAACGGUCUGACGCAGUGAAGAUUUGUGCUAUCAAGGCUGCUACCACCUUGGCAAUUGAGGCACCCCGUCUUCCUUGGCAGCAAUCAUUGGAGAAGCUCCAGAACGAUAUCGCACCACGCUUGAGAGACAUCUACAAGGCUGCGUCCGUCCGGCUGAGUGAGUACGACAGUGAUGGGACUAUCCGUCGUGCAGCAUCUCGACCCAAGGCCAAGCGCUUCACGUCCGAGACGCUAAUCGACAAAGACCUCAUGCUCCUCUCCAUUCUUGCCCUGUGGCGGGCAUCGCCGGAUUACUACAUCACCAACAUCGGACAGUCCCACAUGGAAGGCUGGUUGUCGGUCUCUGCACGUAUCCGGGAUUCGGAUGUUGAUACGGCCGUCAAAAUCUCGGCCGCAACGUCGAACCAGCACCUCAUAGACAUCUACUUCAAGAUGCCCCCGAAUGACCCAUACUACGAGACGAUCGAAGGGUGGAUGAAACAUUCUUUGCCGAUGUGGUUGAUUGCUAUCGCUAAGAGGUUAUUACUGACUAGGCUCGAUCCUGACACCCAGAGACUGUGGAUGCACAUAGCUCAUCAAAUCAUCGAAUGCUACCAUCGCAAGAGCGAGGGAAACCAUGCUCACGGUGUGCAAUUCAGUGAAGAACGUGUACCAGCCUUCGCCAUGUCCGAGAUAGCUUUCUUGGUAUCCCUCACGUCAGUAAACAGUGACGUCUCGCAGCUUGCUGCCCAGGGUCUUCGUCUCAUUGCGCAAGCUGAGCGGCAAUCCGAAGCUCCUGUCAACCAUGGCCUCACCGAGGAAGAACGCUCGAAACGAAACCCGAUAUACGAGCAGCUUGGCGACCCUAGCGUCAUCAUCGUUGGACGUGUUCAAGAGCAGAAGCGUGUCAGAAAGCUCUUACGCUUGGUUGCCAACUCCUCGCCCAUAAACAUCGCUGUUUGGGAGGAAUGCUUUUACAGGUGGAGUGCGCUCUCAGAGUUUGUCGUGCAACAUCCACUGGCGGCAGCAGCCGCGUUCGACGACGCUCAUUUGAGCAAGCAAGAGCAGCUCAUGUCUCUCGAGGACAAGUUCAUACAAUGGAAAAACCUCACCUUGUUCUUGGCCGCGUUCGGUGGUGUUACCGUACAGGAAACGCACGACCCUGGUGCCCUUGCUGCUGCGAUCCCUCCUGAUUUCUUGCUCGACGAUAUGCGUACGCUGAGGGACCCAGCAGACCUCGUCACGAUAUUCAUCGAGUUCCUCACGGGUGCUCUUAUUGACGACGUUGUUCGUGUUCGGGAAGUUGCGCGAGAAGCUCUUGGCUCAGAACUCAGUCCUCGUCUAUUUUCAAAGCUGUUUAAGCAUCUUGAUGAGAUCACGCGGAACAUUACCGAUGGAGCAGGUUCGGAAUUCAAGGAUGAAUAUGGACUAUUCUUGGAUCAGUUGAUCUCGGUCUUGAAGUCGCUCGUCGAGAAUGCGCAGAUGCCGCCUGACGAAGCUCUCAGCGUUGAUCUCGGGUCGAUCCUGUAUGUCCUCGUUGGGUUUAUUUCUCGCUUCAGUGAUCCAGUUUCGUAUCGAAUACGGGUCAAGUUUUGUGCCCUCUGUGAGAGUAUCUGCCAUCGUACGGACACUUUGACGCUGCGUAAAGACGACCUAUCGCGCAAUCGCAUCGUUGAUGUCGUGAUGGACUGGUUCCAGGAUCCAUUAGCGAACACCGACCCCGAAGCAGUCCAAUUUCAGUAUGAGUUGAACACGGCGUCUCUUCGUACAGUCGUCAAGCUCCUCGAACGCUUGAAACUCCAGCCGAUUGAUAACAAUUCCAAUGAUGGCGACGAUUUUGGGCAUGUGGUGUCACGCUUGUUCAUAAGAUACUCCCAUGUUUUGCUGAGAGCUUUGGACAUAUGUCGGUCUGACCCAAUAGUAAGCAGUCGUCUACAAAUCAGUUCGGGAACGAUACUGAUAAGGUUGAAGUCAUCUGAUAGUACUUCGGACGUCCCGUCUCUGCAGAAGAAGAUGCAGGCUUCUCAGAAGGAAGCUGAUAUUCGAGAUAUGGUGAUCACAGGGCUCUCGCACCUGGUCAUCUCAAACUCUGAGAAUGCCGUCAAACAUUGCAUUGCUUCUGCAUAUGAUAGCGACAUGAGGAAACGAACUAUCUUUGUACACGUCUUUGCUCGAGUGCUUGGACAAGGCACCAAGUUCGAGGCGCAGGGGAAUCCUGAAUUGCAAGCGCGCCGAGAUCAACUGCGAGAGCUUGUGAAGGGAUCGGAUAUGGUACUUGCGAUGGUGAUCUGCGAGUGCUGUCCUGCUAACGAGGUCGACAUGAUGAUUUCCGUGCUCAUGAACAUCUUCGACACAAGAGCUUCCUUAGUUGCCUUGCUUAAAACCAUGAUCGACCGAGAAAUAGCUCACACUACUUGCGAGGUAGAUCUUUUCCGAGGGAACUCAACUUGCACGCGAUUCCUCUCUGCCUUUGCGCGGAUACAUGGGUACAAUUAUUUGCGGGGUCUGAUUGUCCCUCUUAUCAAGACUAUGACGUCUAUGCCCCCGGGUCAUGCAUAUGAUCUAGACCCGACCAAAGCUAGCCGAGACAAGCUUGAACAAAACCAGAAGAAUGUCAAGCUGGUCGCCUUGUCUUUCCUCGAUAUCAUUAGUUCCUCGGUCCCUGCCCUACCACCGAUGAUCCGUGAAGUUUGCGCUCAUCUUGCAAAAUCAGUGUAUCAAGUUUGGCCGGACUCGAAGUUCGCUGCCCUUGGUGCAUUUAUAUUUCUUCGGUUCAUAUCUCCAGCCAUCGUUGCCCCUGAAAUUGUUGAUGUCGCGGUGCCCAGAGAUGACGGCGGAGUCAUCCGCCGAGGUUUAAUGGUCAUAGCGAAGAUUAUGCAAAACCUCGCAAACAAUAUCUUCUUCGCGAAGGAGGCUCACAUGGUUUGCUUGAAUGAGUUCCUGGGAGUUAACAUCACGAGUAUCACGCGUUAUUUGAGCGAAGUCAACAAAUUCUCCUCUACUGCCGUCGACGAGGAAUCCACCGAGUGGUUGGGCACAACAGCCGAUGACACCGACACGAUCGUUCUUCAUCGCUUUUUGGACAAGCAUGCGGACAAGAUUGGUAAAGAGUUACUCAGUUACGCCAAACUCAAUGCCUGUGGAGAAGAAGAUGCAUCAACUGCUAAUGCAAAGCGUGCAUGGGACCACCUCUGUAAUUUACUUGUCGAGCUGUCAGAAGUUCCCGAGGUUCCUCGUUUCUCGCAACUUCCUAGGUCCGAGCAUCGAGAGUUCAUUGACCUGAUGAAUCGUUGUGCCCACCGCAGCAUUGAAUCUGUCCAGGACAUUUUCGUAGCCGCCGACGUUCCUCUCGACUUACCUGCCGUAUUUGUUCUGCGAGUAUGCCAGAUUGAUGUCGAAGCUCUGGACAUCGAAUUAUUGAUGUACCACAGCCUUAAGACGUUGCUAUCGCCCGCUUACGAAAACCGGAAGUUUGAGGUCGUCUUGGACUGUACCUCGUUCACUUCAACUUCUGAGAUACCGGCACAAUGGCUGACCACCUGCUCGCAACUCAUUCCGAUCGACAUCCGAAGUCGUUUUCAGACUUCAUAUGUCCUCAACCCCAAUUCGCUCACCCAGAAGUAUCUAAGGCGAAUGUAUAACAUUUCGUCAGGAACCAUGCUCGCGAGUGGUGUAAGGGCCUGCUCGUCAGUUGCAGAACUCUUGCAGUAUGUCCCACAGGAGAGUCUUACAGUACUUCGGUAUCCAACCUCUUUGGAGGAAGAAUCUAGCACUGUUUAUACGGAAGUUACCAUGAGGCAAGCCCAUGAGAUGCGCAUACCGGUCACUAUGGAAGUUGCGGAGACUCAUGUCCGGGUUACUUCGAUACGUGCAGCUGUCAUCUCUCCGAACUUGAGCUGCAAGUCGACCGAGAUCAUUUCUCUUGCUGAUGUCAGCGAUGCCUACAACGUGUCCACCGGCCUCGAUCCCUAUGAGUUCAUCAUCCGCAGAAGCAAGCAAGGUGUCACGUCCUAUUUCUCUUCACCACAGCGUGAUGGCAUUGUCAAGUCCAUUCGUGCAGCCAAAAGUCAACUGAGGGACACGCGCUAUUUCAGCAUGGAUAGGUUCCCCAGGUUUUCCAAUAUCUCCGCAACUCUACUCCAUGUAGGCAUGCUCAACAUCGACUCAGAAGAUGAGGGACUUCGCGGAGCUGCCUAUGACCUUUUAGGCGCUCUCUGUUCAUAUCUAAAUUACGACAAGAGCCCCAUCAUUGCGUCGAAAGCGGGAAUUAUACCUGGAGAUAUAUCUACAUUUGCCAUUGGACUGAGUGACCGCCUGGCUGGUUUCGUUCCUAAACUCACGCUCGAUUUCAUCUCUGUCAUAUCCGCCGGCAUGGACAAGGCCAACGCUGCUCAACGUAUCACCUGCUUGCAGUACAUGAGCCCUUGGGUGAAGAACCUCGCACAAUUCUGUAUUCCGACCAACUCGUUGUACGAGCACUCGGGAGCGAGACUUCGAGACUGCAUUCGUUCGUUAAUUGACCUCACCAUCUCGGACUUGGAGAUAAGUUCCAUGGUGCACAAAUACAUCUGGGUGGAAAUCGGCCGUCAGGAAUCGACUCUCGUCUUUAUUGUUCUCGAAGAGCUCAUUCGUGCAGCGUCUGACGGCGGGAUUGGGUCCCGAAGAUGUGAGACCGUUGCAAGGACAACUGCCGCUUUGUCGUCCAUCAACGUUAGGGGGAGAAUCUUUUCAAAGUUAAGAAAAGUUCUUGGAAAAACUUCCCUUAAACCAUCCAAGACACUGCCAGAGAACGUUCACUGGAACGAGAUUGCCACCCUUACUCGUUUCGCGCUUGUAGCAAGCAACCACUCGAAGCAAGCAGCCUAUGAUCAACUAUACAUCCCCGACAUCUUCCACAUCGUUACGCUCAUCGCGGGCACAGGACAGACCAUAGUUCGCAAGUCAUUAUAUGGCGUGAUCAUGAACUUUCUUCAGUCUAUGUAUCUUGCACGAGCUGAAGAUCCUAGCGCACCUGACUUGCGCAAUCUCAUCGACGAGCUCGUCAAAGUGGAGAACCUUAUGUUGUUUGGUCUCACUCGCCAGUCGAGCACCAGCGAGUAUUUCAAUUAUGAUCCUCCAAACGACAACGCGGUGAUUGACUCUCAAGAAGCCUUGACUCGUCUCCUUGUCCGAGUGAUGGAGGUGACAUCCGGAUCAAGAGGCUUGCUCAAUAUAUGGCGCGCACGGUGGAUGAGUUUAGCGACGUCAACUGCAUUCCAGUUGCCAGCGGCCAUUCAGUGUCGUGCCUUCCUUGUCCUCGGCACUCUUGCAGCUUCCGAUGUCGACGACGAUCUAGUGUAUCAGAUGCUGGUUGCAUUCAAGACCGCGCUGGGACAAUCCACGGGAUCCGACACGAUGACAGUGGUUUGCAUGCUUCGGUGCAUUUGCAAAGUGGUGCCUUCCCUAACCGAAGGUUCCCGGUAUCUCUGCCAGAUUUUCUGGUUGGCUGUGGCUUUGUUGCAAUCUAGUUACAUUGCGUUUUAUUCAGAUGCUGCUGAGCUCAUGCGGGCGACAGUCGAGACGCUGGAAAAGCAUGGUGCCUUUGAGGGCAGCUCAAUACCCAACGUACUACUGGACGGUCGUGUUUCACUGGAAGACACUGUCUGCCAACUUGAUCACUUGCUCUGCCUGUCUUUCGACUCCAGUUUCUCCUUCACACUCGCUGCCAUUAUUUUCAAAGGAGUUCGCCGCAAUCACCUCAAAUCAUCUGCUGAGCUCGUUCUGCGGAGUUUGCUGUCAGUCACCGCGCGGUGUGACAACCAAACUGCAGAUGGCCCCCCUUCAGGCCUGUGCCCAGAUGCGCUUGGCUACUUCAUCGCCUUGAUCCCCUUCUCCACGACACACAAGUCUUACGUGCAGCUCCUACAAGACUGUAAAGGAGAAGAGUUCUUACCAGCACCUAACUCCUCUCAUCAAAAUGAUUUUGUUCCUCGCGUUUCCGUCGAUCUGCUGUCUCUAACAGACAGCACAUCGGCACUUCUCACGGUGUCGUUUGUGAGCACAAUGUUGACCACUGCACAAGGCGACGAUGCCGAGACCGAGAUUUUGUAUAAUUUGCUGGCAGAUAUCGGGGCUAUGCACCCUGAAUCGGUUUCAAUGAUCUAUGACACUCUGCAGGACAGGAUAAAAGACGCCUUCGCAAAUUCUUCGAAUGCUGCAAUCAUUAGAGCUGUGACGGGCAUCUUCCGCAAUGCACAGGACUCCCUGCGCCUGGGAUCGAUACACUCGAUGUCUGCAUCCACGCUCAAUACGGUGGAUGAAAGCAGUCCAGCGCAGAGUCUGAAGCAAAAACUGGAAGAGCUGGCUAUGGACGGCCUCACGACGAACUUCCAUUUCUUGGUUCCCAAUCAAAGUCAUUGGGGGAAGAUUGCUGCUUGGAUAUCCGACCUGGUUCUAAAGAUCGUCGGUUUGGAAUGAUCUUUUCGGCAUGCUGUGUUUUCUUCAUGGACGUCAUGUAGAACAUAUA